UAUCACAAUUUAGAUUUCAAGACAGAUCUCUCGUUCCUCUCUGGGCCGCAUCCUAUCCCUCCCCCGAAUUUGAAAUCCCUUGGAUCUCCCUACGAAUGGACACCACAGUACAAAGGCUUGAUGACAAUAGUCUCAUGCCUAGCAACACUAUUUGCCUCCUUUGCAGCGAGCUGCUAUAGUCCUGGGGCAGCUCAAAUGGAGACUGAAUGGCAUGUCAGUCGAAUUCCGGUCUUAGUUGGGAUCACGACCUUUACCAGUGGCUUCGCGAUCGGCCCCAUGUUUCUCGCCCCUUUCUCAGAGAUCUAUGGCCGAAAGCUUGUCUUCAUUGCCACUGCUAUCCUAUUCACGAUAUGCCAAGUAUGUUGUGCAGUUACUCGACUUUAUUCUGGAAUGCUAGUGGCUCGAUUCUUCUGCGGAAUUGGAGGCUCGACCUUCUCAACCAUGGUUGGUGGCAUCAUCGCGGACAUAUACCAUGCUCAGAAUCGUAACGCUCCAAUGGCUCUUUUCUCUUGGGCCGCGCUCUUCGGAACCGGCCUCGGCCCCUUGGUCUGCGGGUUUAUCAGCCAAUAUACCACCUGGCGCUGGAUAUUCUAUAUUCAGAUCAUAAUCGCUGGUCUGAUUACGGCUGCUGUCCUAGUUUUCUUCCGCGAAACACGAGGACCCGUCAUUCUGCGUGAAAAAGCUCGCCGGUUGAAUCAGUGGCAUGAAGCCAUGGAAAAGGCCACCGCCGCAACGAGACAAGCCGAGGGGGACGACAGAGAAAAAGCGCCAGCGGACACAAACAUGAAUCACGUGCGUUGGAAGGUGCCUGCGGAUGAGGAACGAGCCGGUAUCCUACAACUCCUCCAAACAUCACUGAUGCGCCCCUUCACAAUGCUGUUCACUGAGCCGGUUGUCUUCUUCUUCUCUCUCUGGGCGGCUUUCAGUUGGUCUGUCCUAUACAUUAACCUCUCUGCCAUCCCAUUGGUCUUCCAGUCCGCCUACAUGCUCUCACUCUCUACCGCCAAUGCCGUCUUCGCGUCUUCGUGCAUCGGCACAACGCUGGCUCUGAGCGUAUGUAUCGUGCAGGAGUCAUUAAUCGCGCGUUAUUGGAAUAAAGGAAAGGUGGACCGCCACAAGCCCUGGAAUUCCGUACCAGAACAUAGGCUAUAUUUUACUUGCGUUGAGAGCUUACUCCUACCUUUGGGCUUGUUUCUAUUCGGCUGGUCGGCGCAGUACCAGGUACAUUGGAUGGUCCCUACAGUGGCGGUGGGGAUCUCUACUGUCGGAAUAUUUUCGGUAUAUUUGUCGGUGUUCAACUAUCUGGCAGAUACAUAUCAUCGCUACGCCAGUUCCGCGCUUGCUGCACAGAGCUUCUGUCGAAACAUGUUGGGCGGGAUUUUCCCAUUGGUCUCCCGGCAAUUAUUCGACAAUCUGGGUUUUGGUGCCGCGGCCAGUUUACUCGGAGGCCUUGGACUGGCCCUUACUCUUGUUCCCUGGAUUCUUGUCUGGUGUGGACCUUCCAUUAGAAAACGAAGCAAAUUGGCGCGCGAG